UAAACCGUAACUGAAGGAAAAUGAUGGAAGAGAGCGGAAUAGAGACAACCCCCCCGGGGACCCCUCCACCGCACCCCGCGGGACUGGCCGCAGCUGCUGUGGCUUCCACCCCUCUGCCUUUAGCUGCAACCAGUUCUUUCUCUUCUCCGAAUGUGUCGUCCAUGCAGUCCUUGCCGCCACACGCGUACUCCACCCCUCAGCCAUCCCUCCCUCCUGCAAGGCCCUCGGCACCCUUGCCCUUCGCGCCGCCUUCACCGGUCCCCUCUGUUCCAGCCCCUACUACUUCCAUCCCACCUCUUGUCUCUCCACCACCUGCUGCUGCCUUCAGUAAUCCUCCUUUGUCCCACUUCCCGGCUACAUCUUCUGCCCCAAGCACUCUUUUAUCUGCACCCUCUUCCGGUCCUCCCACGUCGGGAUUUUCCGUUGGGGCAGCUUACGACAUUACAAGGGGACACGCAGGAAGAGCUCCCCAGACGCCCCUGAUGCCGUCAUUCUCUGCACCUCCGGUAACAGGUAUGUUGCCGACUCCCAUUACUCAGCAAGCCAGUUUGACAUCUCUGGCCCAGGGACCGGGAACCACAUCAGCCAUUACUUUUCCAGAGGAGCAAGAAGAUCCUCGAGUUGGUAGAGGUCAGGAUGAGGCAUCUGCUGGUGGACUCUGGGGUUUUAUUAAGGGUGUGGCCGGAAAUCCUAUGGUGAAAUCUGUGCUUGAUAAAACAAAACAUUCAGUAGAAAGCAUGAUUACAACGCUGGACCCUGGCAUGGCUCCGUAUAUCAAAUCUGGAGGUGAACUGGAUAUUGUAGUGACCUCAAAUAAAGAAGUAAAAGUUGCUGCCGUCCGAGAUGCCUUCCAGGAGGUGUUUGGCUUAGCUGUGGUCAUAGGGGAAGCUGGACAGUCCAACAUUGCCCCACAGCCAGUGGGCUAUGCGGCUGGAUUAAAAGGUGCCCAGGAACGGAUAGACAGCUUGCGUCGAACUGGAGUGAUCCAUGAAAAGCAGACUGCUGUGUCAGUAGAAAACUUCAUUGCGGAAUUGCUACCUGACAAGUGGUUUGACAUUGGCUGUUUGAUAGUGGAGGACCCCGUCCAUGGCAUUCACCUAGAGACCUUUACACAGGCCACACCCGUGCCUUUGGAAUUUGUACAGCAGGCUCAAAGCCUCACUCCCCAGGACUACAGUCUGAGGUGGUCAGGCCUCCUGGUGACAGUGGGUGAAGUCCUGGAAAAGAGCUUAGUGAACGUGACGCGGACCGACUGGCACCUGACAUUCACCGGCAUGUCUCGCCGGCAGAUGAUCUACAGUGCGGCCAAAGCCAUUGCUGGCAUGUACAAACAGCGCCUGCCCCCCAGGACCGUGUGA